GAGCGCCGGGGGCCCGGAACUGUGCAGCGCGGCCCGGCGGGGGGCUAUCGUCUAUGUCUUCUUGGGGCGCCAGGCGGAUCGGGGUCUCGUUUUUGCAGGAAGAGCCCGGCGCUGGUGGCUUCAGGUGGCUGCCGCCGCCGCUGCUAGUGCUGCUUCCGCCUCUCGUGCGAGGAGGAGAGGAGACCGGCGAUCGGGGAGACCUCCGGGGCAGCGAGGCAUCGGACAUGUGUCAGCACAUCUGGGGCGCACAUCCGUCGAGCCCGAGGGGAGAUUUGCCGGAACAAUUCAAACUGCGAUAUUGAUCUUGGGGGUGACUGUCCCUGGCCGGCUGUCGGGUGGGAGUGCGAGUGUGCGCUCGCUCGCAAGUGUGUGCGUGUUUGUAUGUGUGUGUGCCGUGUCGGGCUCUCCCCUUCCCCCCCUGUUUUCCCGUCGAGUGAUGCACUUGGAAUGAGAAUCAGAGGAUGGAAAUAGUCUGGGAGGUGCUUUUUCUUCUUCAAGCCAAUUUCAUCGUCUGCAUAUCAGCUCAACAGAAUUCACCAAAAAUCCAUGAAGGCUGGUGGGCGUACAAGGAGGUGGUCCAGGGAAGCUUUGUUCCAGUUCCUUCUUUCUGGGGAUUGGUGAACUCAGCUUGGAACCUUUGCUCUGUGGGUAAACGGCAGUCGCCAGUCAACAUAGAGACCAGUCACAUGAUCUUCGACCCCUUUCUGACGCCCCUUCGUAUCAAUACUGGGGGCAGGAAGGUGAGCGGGACCAUGUACAACACUGGAAGACAUGUGUCCCUGCGCCUGGACAAGGAGCACUUGGUUAACAUAUCAGGAGGGCCCAUGACAUACAGCCACCGGCUGGAGGAGAUCCGACUACACUUUGGGAGUGAGGACAGCCAAGGGUCGGAGCACCUCCUCAACGGACAAGCCUUCUCUGGGGAGGUGCAGCUCAUCCACUAUAACCAUGAGUUAUACACAAAUGUCACAGAAGCCGCAAAGAGCCCUAAUGGAUUGGUGGUAGUUUCUAUAUUUAUAAAAGUUUCUGAUUCAUCAAACCCAUUUCUUAAUCGAAUGCUCAACAGAGAUACUAUCACAAGAAUAACAUAUAAAAAUGAUGCAUAUUUACUACAGGGACUUAAUAUAGAGGAACUAUAUCCAGAGACCUCUAGUUUCAUUACUUAUGAUGGGUCGAUGACUAUCCCACCCUGCUAUGAGACAGCAAGUUGGAUAAUAAUGAACAAACCUGUGUACAUAACCAGGAUGCAGAUGCAUUCCUUACGCCUGCUCAGCCAGAAUCAGCCAUCUCAGAUCUUUCUGAGCAUGAGUGACAACUUCAGGCCUGUGCAGCCGCUCAAUAACCGCUGCAUCCGCACCAACAUCAACUUCAGUUUACAGGGGAAGGACUGUCCAAACAACCGAGCCCAGAAGCUUCAGUAUAGAGUAAAUGAAUGGCUCCUCAAGUAAGGAACGAGGCCAAGAAGAAUCUCAAGAAGAAAUGCUACAACUGUGAAUUGAUGUAACCUAGAUACCCCUUCUUUCUUCUCUCUCCUUCCCUCCCUCAAGCUUCAUCCACUCUUUGGAUUGGCCCUUUCUUCAUGAAAAGUGUCUGCAACACCAUGCCAGAGGAACACAUCUCUUACACACACCCACCAACACACACACACAAGCACUCACACACACACAUGGACACACGCAAACGUAUUCACACACAGACACACUUACAUGGCCUCCAAGAUGGGAAGUCAAGUUUCAGAAAAAAAAACAGGCUCAUUCAUAAGAGGUCUUAGAAGAAAAUAACCAGUUAACCUGAUUACAAUUUUGAUACUGUUUUCCUGAACUAAUAAAUCUACCCAAUGAGACUUUUCAGCCUUUGUACAUACAAAAUUCUUCCAAAAGAGAGAGAGGAGGAAACACAGCUCCGACAGCAUCAAGUGGACUUUGUUCUUGGCAUCAAGUGAUCUCGGGUGGUGUCCUAGGAUCCUCUGAGGGUGCUGGUGACAGGUGAACCAGGACAAAGUUGGCCAAGGACACUUAUUUCUAGAUUAUGAUUCUUCUGUUUACUCAAAAAUUUAAAAAGAAAAGGACAGACAUUGAAGAGAUACACAUUGUAUAUAUAUCACUGCAGACUAUAAAGAAAUGGAAUUAUUUCCCCUCUUUGUCACAUAUCUGUAGUAGGAUUUGCCAAGAUCAGAAUCGAUCCAUUCACUGUUUCUUGUUUUCCAAAGGUCAUACAUUGUGUUUGGUUAUUGUUAACAGCUCAAUAAAUGUGUUUAACGAGUUCAUUUCAUUUUUCUGGCUUUAGUCUGUUCUCCUUCCUUACAGGCGAAGCCUCGGCUCCAUGCAACUGCAUUCUUUGAUUUCACUUAUUCCUUCAUCUACCUGUUCCGUUCGUUUGCAGCCAGUUUUUACUGAGUUUGUGGCAAUCAGGAAUGCAUUUGCUAAGCAAGUAUAACUUUAAUUCCACUCCAUGGCUCGAUCAUUCAUACAAGGUGAGCUUCAGCCUGAGAUAGCAGGCGACAGAUUUCUUGCGUUUCAAAACUGCCAUCCCCCCUGUGAUGUUCCCUUGAAGGAAUGCACUUUGCCUUGUAAAUUCCUGGGAAGGGGGUGUCUUUUCUCUCCAGGUGCAGCCGGAUCUCACAAAAUACAAACGAAUGCCUUUCUU